GAGGCUGUAUGUUUGGUUGGCAAAAUACCAACCUCUUAAUGGUACCAUUCAGUGCUUAAUCAUUCAGUGAUAGGAACUUGCUGAAAGAAAAAAAAGACUCCGCAUACCCCUUUCCUUCUUCUCUUCUCUGUAUUCACAACUAGGGUUCACAAGUUCCUUCUUCUCCUCUCAUCAAGACCACCUCACCUCAGCCCCCAUCCUUCUCGCCGCCCUCCUUCUCCGCCCGUCCGCCUCUCCUCCUCCCUUCCUCCGCCUCUCCUCCUCCCUCCGCUGCCUACAUCUCUCUCCUCGAUCCAAGUCCCGCUCGGUUCGCCUCCUUCUCCUCCGCCGGUCCGCCUCCUUCUCCUCCUCCCUCCGUCCGCCUCCUCCUCCUCCUCACAUCCUCCGCCGGUCGCCGCCUCCUCCCUCCGUCCAAAAUACAGCCAACAACAAUCUGUGAAGAUGAGCGAAGAAAGCAUCGAAACCACAACAAAUUCUGUGAAGAUGACCGAAGAAAGCAUCGAAACUACAACAGAUUUUCCAAUUUUCAGAGACAUAAGACGUUACACUUGCGGAUUCUGUGGAAUUGUACGCUCUAAGAAGACUAUUAUUCAAGCUCACAUUCAAUCUCAUCAUCAGGAUGAAAUCAAAGAGAACGAAGGUAAUGAAGAAGAGGAGCAAGAAGGGGGGAAGAUGAAUGUUUGUGAAGAAUGUGGAGCUUCAUUUAAAAAACCUGCGCACCUGAAGCAGCAUAUGCAAAGCCAUUCACUUGAGAGACCCUUUACUUGUCCAAUGAAAGACUGUAAGGCAAGUUACCGAAGAAAAGAUCAUCUGAAUCGCCACCUCAUCCAACACCAGGGUAAAAUCUUUGAGUGCCCAUUUGAAACUUGCAAAAGUAAAUUUUCAAUUCAAGGUAACAUGACAAGACACGUGAGGGAAAUGCAUGAUGAAUCAGAGGAUAACUCCGGUGACACAAACAAUGACAAGCAGUACACAUGUUCCGAACCCGGUUGCGGGAAAGUUUUCAAAUACGCAUCAAAGUUAAAAACACAUGAAGAAUCUCAUGUUAGAUUGGAAACAAUUGAGGCAUUUUGUGGGGAACCGGGCUGCAAGAAAUAUUUUACGAACAAGCAAUGUCUUAAGACUCACAUUCAGUCAUGUCAUCAGCAUAUUAUUUGUGAGAUUUGUGGAGUUAAACAACUUAAAAAGAAUAUGAAACGCCACCUUCGCACUCACGAGGAAGAUGUAUCCAAAGAGAGGACCAAAUGCAGCUUCGAUGGAUGCAACCUAACUUUCUCAACUGAUUCAAAUCUAAGACAGCACAUAAAAGCUUCCCAUCUUCAAGAAAAACCGUACGUUUGCAGCAUUUCCGGGUGUGGAAUGAGCUUUUCAUUUAAGCAUGUGAGGGAUAACCAUGAGAAAUCCGGGAAGCAUGUUUACACAGUGGGAGAUUUUGUUGAAGCUGAUGAUGAAUUUCAAUCAAGGCCAAGGGGUGGUGCUAAAAGGAAAUUGCCAGCUAUGAUAGACACCCUUAUGAGGAAGAGAAUACUGCCGCUAAGUGAAUCUGAUCACAUUCAAGGUUCUGAAUACAUCUCUUGGUUUCUUGGUGGUGGCGAAGAAGAUUAAUUGACUUUAAUACUUGCUUAUCUAACACUAUGUAUAAUCUUAAGUCUUGAUAGUAACGUGAGUGGUCGGGUUAUUUCACAAAACAAUACUUGUAAUUUUGUCUAUAUUAAGUCUUGUGGCAUCAUGGUUCUUUUGUAGUUA